GCCGCUGGUAGAGGGUGGGAGAAAAUGUAUUCCGUCUUCGUAUGCAUCCACGACCACUUACACAGGCGUGGGUUGUACAUGCAGUACGGAAUAUGUCUUGACUGCUGUUCAGGCCAGUGUCUGCUUUAAUUAUCCGUCGCCAGCCGUAGGUGACAUUCGGUGUGCUCUUUGCCUGAAAAAGAGUAUAUUUAUUCAUUGUCUGCUAAUGGAAUGGCCGAAACAAUCCAUGGGCGCGUAGCAAAUGGAGCUGCACAGCUUCUUAGGAGAUCGGAACUGGGCUUUACUCGGCAGUUACAAGGAACUCUGCUGAGAUCACCACGACCUCGUCAUCAUGCCACUGCGUCAAUUGCCAGUCCGCGUGCGGCGAAACUGAGAGAUGCGAAGCCCUUUUCCUCGUUUCUCACGGACAGCUUCAAUCGACAGCAUACAUAUCUGCGCAUCUCCAUAACAGAGAGAUGUAAUCUUCGCUGUCUCUACUGCAUGCCGGAAGAGGGCGUCCCACUCUCGCCCCAACCUCACCUUCUCACAGCGCCUGAGAUAUCCUACAUUUCGUCUGUUUUUGUGUCGCAAGGUGUCACAAAGAUUCGACUCACUGGGGGUGAGCCUACGGUGCACCCCCAGAUACUUCCUAUGCUUCACGAAAUCGGCCGUUUACGAUCGUGCGGGCUCAAAGAGCUUUGCUUGACCACCAACGGGUUAACGCUUUCUCGAAAGCUAGAUAGUAUGGUUGACGCGGGCGUUACCGGCAUAAACCUAAGUCUCGAUACCCUCGACCCGGUCCAGUUUGAGCAAAUGACCCGACGAAAAGGGUUCUCUGCAGUGAUGAAAUCCAUCGAUCACAUCCUCGCUCUUAAGCGCUCUGGUGGAGCGAACAACUUAAAACUCAAGAUCAACGUCGUGAUUAUGCGUGGUAUGAACGAUCUCCAGCUCCUUCCCUUCGUGGAGAUGACGCGUGAAAAGGACUUAGAGGUUAGAUUUAUCGAGUACAUGCCUUUCAGCGGGAAUAAAUGGUCUGAGCAAAAGAUGUUGGGCUACCAGGAGAUGUUAGCCACAAUACGAGAGCGAUAUCCUCAGGUUGAGCGAGUACAGGAUCAUCCAAAUGAUACCAGUAAGACCUUCAAAAUUCCAGGCUUCGAAGGCCGUAUUGGAUUUAUCACAAGCAUGACAGACCAUUUCUGUGGAACAUGUAAUAGACUACGUAUCACAUCCGAUGGAAAUUUGAAGGUCUGCCUUUUUGGAAAUGCGGAAGUAAGCUUGCGAGACAUUCUCAGGAAUGACCUGAAUAACGGAGAGCCCAUUGAUGAAGAGGCGUGGGAAGGUAUCAAGCAGCUUGAAAUGGAUGGAAGAGAAGGGCGCCUCACAGCUGGAGCUAGACCAGGCGGACGGCAGGCUUACCUUCGAGAGAACAAGCAACGUCUCUUGGACGUUAUCGGAAUGGCCGUGCACAGGAAGAAAGCUAGACACGCAGGUAUUGGUCAGCUUGAGCACAUGGAUAACAGGCCUAUGAUUCUGAUUGGGGGAUGAAGCUUAGGUAGAAGCAUGCACAGUGGUACCGUAUAUUUUGUCAACUGUGGAUUUAACACUUAUCUUACGUUCAUGGAUAUGUUUGCUUAUCUUAUUGAAUGAAAUGGAAUUACUAUAUAA